AUGGACAGCUAUGAUAAACUCACACCUUUUGGUAUCGCAGUAAACGGAUGCAUCGAUGGCUUCUCACGCCAUAUCAUCUGGAUGCAAGCGAACGUCACUAACAGUAAACCUGAAGUGGUUGCAGGUUACUUUAUUAGUGCUGUCAUUGAGUUGGGGCUGCCCAAAAUAAUCAGAUCCGAUCUCGGUACUGAAAAUGUGCACGUUAACAGACUACAGCGUUUUCUACGUGAGGAUGAAAACGGUACACUUUCUGAACCUGCUAUUCUUCAAGGAAGAAGUACUGCAAAUCAGAGGAUUGAAUGGUGGUGGGGAUUCUAUCGGAGGCAAAAUGUGGACUACUGGAGAGAUUUGUUUCUAGAGUUUCAGUCUGUGGGAGACUUCAAUGGUGACGUGGUUGACAAAGGUCUCAUUCAGUUCUGCUUUCUUGACGUCAUUCAGAGGGAGUUAGAUACUGUGGUCAGAAUGUGGAACAACCAUCGGAUCAGGCCAGGUGGGAGUGGUCGUGAUUUAUUUCACGGCAGACCUUUUCUCAUGUACCAAGCACCAGAACUUUACCAAGCACAGGACUACCUCCAUCCAGUUGACUAUGACAAACUGGAUAUAAUUGUAGAAGAGGGUGUUUGUAUUUGGAAAACUGGUAUUCCCUGUGAUCCAGAUCUUCAUGAACUCUGUGUUUUGCUAAUGGAGGAACACCAUCUUGAAUCUAGUUAUACUGCUCUUGAGGCUGCUAGGCUAUACAGAGAACUUAGGCCUUUGGUAAGAGAAAUAUUGUCAUAACCAGAAUAGUCAGAACUCCCUGAU